AUGCCGUCUGGGCCCGGGAAGCGCUUGCCAAGUGUCAGCGAUGACUGCAACAACAAUGAAAACUUCCAGCAGAAGAAAGCAAAAACCGAAGCAUCAAUGAGUUCAUCACCUCACAACAUGCUCAACGCAGUGAACUGGAAAGUUGAUGCAAAUGGAGACAAAUUCUGGGAGCUUUCUAAAAUGCGUCGUGUCACUAUCUCCUCCUUUCGAGGGAAGACACUCGUCAACAUCAGAGAGUACUACGAGAAGGAUGGGCAAGAGCUCCCCGGGAAAAAGGGUAUUUCUUUACCAAUUGACCAGUUCUCUGUUCUUGUAACAUUAUUACCAGAUAUUGAAAUGGCGCUUAAAGAGAGCGGGGAGUUUGUGCCACGGCCAGAUUAUCCUCAGGCUAAGAAAAAGCCAAAUGGGGAUGAUAGUGAUGAAACAGACCAUAGCGCGGAAUCUGAGAGCAAAUAUUCAAUGAAGAAGAAUAUUGAAGCAACCAGUGAGGAAGACUAG